AUGCUUUCCACAAAUCUCCAUCAGUACCCCUCGACGUUCAACCAUGUCCCCUCGCCAAACAUGGUUGAACAUCAACACCAUCUUGCAGCACAGCAUAUAGGACCAUCACCUCUCGAUGGUCUCCCACAUUCAUCACAAUACGCCGCACUUCAAUUCCAUCAAAAUCGGCAUGUAUUACCGAACGGCAAAGCACAAGUCAAACAGCACCGAUUGCCAUACACAAGUGGGCCUAUAGCCCCCCGUAGCCAGCGCGACAUGCUUCACGAGCGAUCAGGUCGCGGCAAUGCAACAUCAGGACCAGUACGACGCAGGAUCAGUCGAGCUUGCGAUCAAUGCAAUCAACUACGAACUAAGUGUGAUGGACGCCAGAGUUGUGCACAUUGCAUAGAAUUUGGGUUGACAUGCGAAUAUAUUCGCGAACGGAAAAAGCGUGGGAAAGCAUCGAGGAAAGACAUUGCCCAGCAGCAGGCUGCCGCAGCGGCAGCAGGAUCGCAACCCUCUGAAGAGAUUGAAACUCCCCUCUCUUCUGAACAAGCUGCUGAGCGUACUCAGAGUAACAGUCCUAAGCUACCCCAAGGUCAGCGGUCGCUCCCAGAGCUACCUAGUCGCUCUGCUAGCCUGGCGACGCCCAAGCUCGAGAUAAACUCUACCCCAAUCUAUCAGAACCGCACCAUGAGUAUGGGCAUUAUCGAAGCUGUACCUGAGCCUGAAAUGCAUCGCCGAAUGGACAGUAGCAUGCAACCAAUGCAUCCAAUGCAACCACCACGCAUUCAGACUCAAGGUCUGACCAUGCACAAUUCCAUGCCUGAGUACACAACAAUGGACGAGUACCAUCGCAACAUUAUCUAUCAGUCACCUCUUCAGAUGAUGCAGCCAGCUAUGGCUCCAGGAAUGCAGUCCAUUGUUUCUUCCCACGGCCAUGGACUUGAAUAUUCCGACAGCCCUUACAGCAUGAUGAGCCCACAAAGCGCACAUGCUGCGCCCUCAAAUCCAUACAGACUACCGGAAGAGCAACCCAACAUGGGCUAUGUGGCUAAUUCGCCCGCCAUUGGAUCUCCAGAUUGGAUGCUGCCGUCACCAUCCACGACAAUGUACUCCGGCGCACCACAGCAGACCUCCGCCCAGCAGCUACGAUUUCCUGUUCUCCAACCACUAAUGCCGCACCUUGCGAACGUCAUGCCCAUGAAUCUAGCAUGCGAUUUGCUGGAGCUCUACUUCCAAAGCUCAUCACCUGCAUUCAUGCAACCUGUCUCCCCAUACGUACUCGGUUACGUUUUUCGAAAGCGCUCCUUCUUGAGACAGAAUAACCCACGCGUCUGUAGCCCAGCACUGCUAGCUAGUAUGCUUUGGAUCGGCUGCUUGACAAGUGAGUCACCGUAUCUGUCAGCUUCGCCUUCUGCUCGCAGUCAGCUAUCGGAGAAAUUGAUCAACUUGACUAUUAGUCUGUUGAAACCUCUGGUACACCAGACCCCCGGUGACAUGGAAAACAGUCCUGCGGCGUAUGGAAGUUCCAACAACUCACAAGGCCUGGCCAUGGGCGAUUUCGGUAUGGCCUCGCAAGAUUCCGACAUCAGUCUACCUGGGGCCCCUGGAGGUCUAGAUGAUGUAGCGACAUAUAUGCACUUAGCCAUUGUGAUCUCGGCAAGUGAGUACAAGGCUGCCUCACUUCGAUGGUGGAACGCUGCUUGGUCACUAGCGAGGGAACUGAAAUUUGGGAAGGAGGUGCCGGUGACACCUCCACCUGAACGGGACAACGAUGUAACCGAGGAUCUCAAUGUCGCGGAUAUCGAUGGGACAUAUCCCAAUGGACCAAACACCCCGGUCGACUUCACAGAGGAGCAACGAGAAGAGCGUAGACGUAUCUGGUGGUUAUUGUACACUGUGGAUCGACCUCUGUCUCUGUUAGAUGUUGAAUGUUCAGGCCUUCUGCAGCCACUUGACGAUAACGUAUGGCAAUCUGGCGAUUUCUUCGAGGACUCCGCUCAAUCGUAUUCAGAUUCCACAUUUCGGCGAAGAGGUCCUACCUUUGAGUGCACCGGACACUCCAUUUUCGGAUUUUUCCUACCUCUCAUGACUAUCCUCGGAGAAAUCAUCGAUCUCAAUUAUGCAAGAAACCAUCCACGUUUUGGAACAAAGACUGAUUGGAAUGGCCAUGCCCGGGAGAUAAGUCAGCAACUACUAGCAUACGGCCAGUCCCUACAAGACCUUCGAAAUCGCGCAAUGGACGAGGCUACGGCCGAAGCACACGAGCCGACGCAUCCCAACACUCCCUCUGCUCGAUCUGUCAAUUCCAGUAUAUCAAGAGCACAAGAAUCAUUGAUACACGCCAAAAUUGUAGAGGCUUAUGGCACGCACCUCAUGCACACAUUGCAUAUACUGUUAAACGGUAAAUGGGACCCGAUUUCGCUCCUGGAUGACAACGAUCUAUGGAUUUCAUCGCAGAGCUUCGUUGAUGCCACGACCCAUGCUGUAUCCGCAGCUGAAGCCCUGAACGAAAUACUCGAAUACGAUCCUGAUCUCAGCUUUAUGCCCUUCUUCUUUGGUAUUUACCUCCUCCAAGGCAGUUUCCUGUUACUCCUGAUUGCGGAUAAGCUGCAAGGGGAAGCAAACCCAAACAUUGUUCGCGCAUGUGAGGUCAUUGUUCGCGCCCAUGAGGCGUGCAUCGUCACGCUCAACACCGAAUAUCAACGAAAUUUUCGCAAAGUCAUGCGUUCUGCCCUUCAACAAGUGCGAGGGCGCGGUAUGGAUGACCAUGCCGAAAUAGCCCAGCAACGCCGUCGGGAGAUGUUGAGCCUCUAUCGUUGGAGCGGCGACGGGACUGGUCUUGCACUUUGA